GUUGGCUUUAUUACAAAUGGAAGUGCGGUUUCACAAAGUGUAAUUUGAGGAGAGAGACAGGUAGAUGCUGUACUCCGCUCGCUCGCUCCACAGGCUCUUUCUCAUGGCUCCCAAGCCCAAACCCCACCGUCUCCAUCAAGUUGCAGGAACUUCGUUGCAGAGCCCGGUGAAGAGAGUUAGAACAAUGACUACAGAGUCUUCCUUCAAGGAUGCCUUUGCAAAAUACGCUGAAUAUCUCAAUGAUCUUAAUGACAAGCGGGAAAGAGUGGUAAAAGCUAGUCGAGAUGUCACCAUGAACAGCAAAAAGGUCAUAUUUCAAGUUCACAGAAUGAGCAAAUAUAACAAAGAAGAAAUUCUUGAGAAGGCAGAAAAGGAUUUAGCAGCUGUGGCAGAUCAAUAUAUGUCCCGGUUAGUCAAAGAACUUCAAGGCACUGAUUUUUGGAAGCUAAGACGAGCUUACUCUCCUGGGGUACAAGAAUAUGUUGAAGCUGCAACAUUCUGUAAAUUCUGCCGAACAGGGACUCUUUUGCAUCUGGAUGAGAUAAAUGCGAGUCUGUUACCACUUAGUGAUCCAACUCUUGAGCCCUUGCAGUUAAACAUCCUAGACUAUCUUUUGGGGCUUGCAGAUUUAACUGGAGAGCUGAUGCGGUUAGCGAUUGGUAGAAUUUCAGAUGGUGAGCCUGAAUUUGCUAAGAGGAUAUGUGAGUUUGUACGUGAAAUCUACAGGGAGUUGAGUCUCAUUGUCCCACAUAUGGAUGACAGUUCUGACAUGAAAACAAAGAUGGACACAAUGCUUCAGAGCGUACUGAAAAUAGAGAAUGCUUGCUUUAGUGUCCAUGUGCGAGGAUCAGAAUAUAUGCCUUUGCUUGGAUCUAGUGAGCCAAGUUCUUUUUUGUUGGGUGUGUCUGACAUCGAAUUAUAAAGAGAGUUGUCUGGAAGCAUUUAGAAGAGAGAUUUUCUUGGGGAUCAACAGAAAUUGGAAAACUUAGAAGGGAGCUCUUUGUUAAUGCAAACUCACCUCUGGAGAAGUCACUUGGCCUUGUUCAUUUUUGGGAAUAUUUUUGUAAAAUCUAAUUGCCUACCUCAAGAAAAUUGAAUUUGCUCUGAAAAUGAUAGAGCUUUUAUCUACAGUGUCUUUCAGAAGCUGCGGCAAUUGUGGAUUGAAGCUCUUAUCUUUUCAGUUUGAUGGAAUGAAAGCCUUCAGAGAGUUGUCAACUUGAGCCUCAGGUGAUAAAUGUUAAUGGUAGGGGUGUUUGAUUUCGGUAUUGGUAUGGUUUUUGCUAACAACUGAAAUCAGAAAUAAACUUUCGGUCUUAGGAAUCAGAUUUAGAGCUAAAUUUCGGUUCCAGUUUAGCUUUGCUUUCAGC